AACGUACUAAAAUAUAGCCAGAUGAUUUGUCAUUAAAUAAUACCUACAUAUUUUAAAAUGCGUUUACAACUUACGAAUAUACUAACUAAGGCAUGUUUCCUGUCACUCAUCAUAAAUGCGAAUCUAGCAAGUGGAAGAAAGAGACAUAAGAAAGUCACAUUUGAAAGUGAAGAGCCGACGACUCCAUUAACCCAAUCUGAGACCGAAGAGGUCCAAGAUUGGGCUCCAGAUGCUGAAUCUGUGCAAGUCAUCGAAACCGAAACUGAAACGGAGUUACCGAAAUAUAUCGACUUUCGAGGGGUUGUCAGGUCAAGUUUAGCAAUGCACAUGGCAUUAGCCGACCCAAACAAGAAUUCCGUUUGCUCACCAAUAUCGGCUCUCCUUCCCCUUGGUAAACUGGUUCUUGGCGCGUCAGGAGAAGCUGAGACGGAAUUGCUGAACGCAAUAGGACACACGCGUGAAGAGCUGAAGCCUGCGUUGGGUAAACUCAUUGAUUGUCUCAUAUACCUUCCCGGGGUCACACUCAAAGUGGCUAGCAAGAUCUAUGCGUCACAACAUAUUCUGUUAAAUCCGAAAUUUACAAAAGAAUCCAAGAAAAUAUUCCAUUCAACAAUUGAGAAUGUAGAUUUUGCAAAUCGUAUGGACACCAUUAAAAAUAUUAAUAACUGGGUAAAACGGUUAACAAAUGGAAUGAUACCAAAUCUUCUAUCACCGACGGACAUAUCGAGGGAAUCCUCUGUUAUAUUAGUAAACGCCGUGUAUUUUCAAGGAAAUUGGAAAAAACCUUUUCAAUCAGCGGGCGUUUCAGAGUUCUUUUCUCCAAUGGGAGCUCGCAGGGUCCCAAUGAUCACAGAUACUGACAGAUAUAAUUAUAUUAAUGACGACUCUUUAAGUGCGGAGAUUCUGGAGCUGCCGUAUGCAAACGAUAACGCAUCAUUCGUUAUAGUUCUACCAAAUGACAGGAACGGACUACCAAUGUUACUUACAGCCCUGAAAUUGGCGCCAAAACUGUUAAACAAACCCAUGAAGAAGAUGACCCAGCGUACCGUUAAAGUUGUCAUUCCGAAGUUUAAAGUGUCGUCGAAAUUGGAUUUGAAGCAUCUGUAUAAAAAGAUUGGUGUAAACAAGAUAUUCCAUCAACGACACAGUGAAUUGGACAACAUAGUGGAAGGUUCAUCUGUCCACGUAUCUGCUGCUAUUCAACAAGCCGUGAUAGAAGUUACUGAGUCUGGGACGAAAGCGGCCGCUGGCAGUGCGUCAAUGGUGAUGCUGUCUUCUAUGCCGGUAGUCGAAAUAUUAUUCAAAGCCAACCGUCCGUUUAUUUUCUUUGUUCUCGCAAAUUCUCAACAAAUCUUCGUCGGUGUUUACAACAGUUAA